UGUUUCUGACGCACAGCCAGGUUGUCAGGGAAGGUGACGGAUAGUUGGUUCAAGAUGGCCGCCUGGUUAGCCUGGCAGCUGCAGCAGCACAGUGGCUGUGCGAGAAAUCUUCCAUCAGUAUUGUGGUCUUUUAACAAAAAGCCUUUGCAAUUUCGGACUUUUGCUUUGAGCGCUGCUUUCCCGAAAGAGGCUUUGAGAUGGAACUUUGCCAGUGGAAUUUGUGACUUUGGAAGGACGCGAUUUGAUUUCAAUAGGUCCUGUUGUCAUCAAGACAGGGAUCCUGUAUUAAAGAGCUUGUUAUUUCGUCCAUUAAGCCUUCAGUUCCAGGAAUUUAAUAGGACACACAUUUUUAGGCAAUUGAAACAAAACCCGGCAAGGUUCUGCAAGUUAAUAGGUGGCAUAUACCGUUUCAGCACAUCAAAAUCACGUCAAAAUCAACAGAAAAAACAGAAUGAGGGGUCCAAGGGGAAAAGCCCUGAAGAAGAUGAAGAAGAGAAAAAGCGGCGGGAGCGUGAAGAUCAAAUGUACAGGGAACGGCUAAGAACGCUGUUUAUAAUCGCUGUUAUUAUGAGCUUAUUGAAUUCCAUUAACAGCAGUGGAGGAAAUAUUUCAUGGAAUGAUUUUGUUCAGGAGAUGUUGGCAAAGGGAGAAGUGGCCAGGGUGCAGGUUGUACCGGAGAGUGAUGUGGUAGAAAUCUAUCUUCAUCCAGGGGCGGUCGUAUUUGGUAGACCGCGGUUAGCUUUGAUGUAUCGCAUGCAGGUAGCAAACAUCGAUAAAUUUGAAGAGAAGCUACGGGCUGUUGAGAAUGAGCUUGGGAUUGAUGGAAAGGACAGGAUCCCAGUUUCCUACAAGCGUACUGGUUUCUUUGGAAAUGCGCUGUAUGCCCUUGGGAUGGCUGCAGUGGGCGUGGCCAUUCUUUGGUACAUAUUUCGACUUGCAGGAAUGGCUGGAAGAGAAGGUGGAUUUAGUGCAUUUAAUCAGCUCAAAAUGGCUCGUUUCACUAUUGUGGAUGGAAAGUCUGGAAAAGGUGUUACUUUUAAGGAUGUUGCAGGGAUGCAUGAAGCCAAACUGGAAGUCAAGGAGUUUGUUGAUUACUUGAAGAGUCCAGAACGUUACCUACAACUUGGUGCCAAAGUUCCCAAGGGAGCUUUAUUGCUUGGACCACCAGGGUGUGGAAAAACACUACUGGCAAAGGCUGUUGCAUCGGAAGCUCAAGUUCCUUUCCUGGCUAUGGCUGGAUCAGAGUUUGUGGAAGUGAUUGGAGGCCUUGGAGCCGCAAGAGUCCGAAGUCUGUUUAAGGAAGCCCGUGCCCGUGCCCCCUGCAUUGUGUACAUUGAUGAAAUUGAUGCUGUGGGUAAAAAGCGUUCCACCAGCAUGUCUGGGUUUGCUAAUACAGAGGAAGAGCAAACAUUGAAUCAGCUAUUAGUGGAAAUGGAUGGAAUGGGUACAACAGAUCAUGUAAUAGUUCUAGCGUCGACCAACCGUGCUGAUAUUUUGGAUAAUGCGCUAAUGCGACCUGGUCGGCUGGAUCGACACAUAUUUAUCGACUUUCCAACGUUGCAGGAAAGAAAGGAAAUAUUUGAGCAACAUUUGAAGAAUCUGAAGUUAACUCGUCCAGCCAGUUUUUAUUCGCAACGACUGGCUGAACUCGCUCCAGGAUUCAGUGGAGCUGAUAUUGCCAACAUCUGUAAUGAAGCAGCAAUACAUGCAGCCAGAGAAGGGGAGAAAUCUGUUGACACAUUCAGUUUUGAAUAUGCUGUAGAGAAGGUCAUAGCAGGCACUGCCAAGAAGAGUAAAAUUCUUUCUAAGGAAGAACAGAGAAUAGUAGCUUAUCAUGAGUCUGGACAUGUUCUUGUGGGUUGGCUUCUUGAGCACACAGAAGCUGUCUUAAAGGUCUCCAUAGCACCACGAACAAAUGCUGCACUGGGAUUUGCACAGAUCCUACCACGAGAGCAACACCUUUACACCAAAGAACAACUUUUUGAACGUAUGUGUAUGGCCCUAGGAGGUCGCGUUGCAGAAGCUAUCAUCUUUAAUAAAGUCACAACAGGUGCUCAGGAUGAUUUACGAAAAGUUACAAAAGUGGCUUACUCCAUGGUGAAAUGCUAUGGAAUGGCUGAAGCAAUAGGACACCUUUCAUUUCCUGACACUGAGGAGAUGGGGGUGAUUGGUCGACGACCCUACAGCCAAGGUCUCCAGGAUCACAUGGAUCAUGAAGCCAAACUAUUAGUGGCUAAUGCUUACAGGCGCACAGAGAAGCUCCUACUGGAUAACCGGGACAAACUUCUUAUUCUUGCAAAUGCACUCGUGGAGAAGGAAGUUCUAAAUUAUGAUGACAUUGAAGCACUCAUUGGUGCUCCACCUUUUGGCCCAAAGAAAAUGAUUCCACCUCAGAGCUGGAUUGAAGCUGAGAAAGACAAACAAGAUACAGGAGAUGACAGACCUUCAGCAAGGCACGUACAAGAUGACGAACAAAACCUAAAUCCAGUUUAAGCUGACUGCAUAGAAAUACUAUCUUGUGAUUGGUGUUGUCUUAUAAAAAAUGAACAGUAAGGAAUUUUGGGAAAACUGGAAUCACAAGAAUCAAGGAUAAUUGUUGGAAGUUGAUUACUGUUAACUACUGAUGAACACAUAUAUUUAAUGGAAAAAAUUUGCUGUGUACCAUUUGGAAUAGGCACAUUGUCAUUAAUGUUAAAUUACAGAAACUGUUUUUCCUGCUCUUUAAGCAAUAUAUUGUGCUUUUAUUAAAAUUGUGCCUCUAUUUAUUCAGUGUUUUAAAAUGCAGCAACAGAAUUUGCCCAGUUAGAAGUGAUACUGUAGUACAGUCAUUCCUCCGUAUCCGUGAGGGUUCCGUUCCUGAGAGCCCCUGUGAAUGAUGAAAUUUGAGAGUGUGGAGCUUGUUUUUAAAAAAGGGUAAAAAUUGUGUAUAUGGAAGAAUGACUGUACUACAGUAUUACUUCUAACUGGGCAAAUUAUGUUGCUGUAUUUUAAAAUAUCUUAAUAAACAGAGGCACAAUUUUAAUAAAAGCAUAAUCUCUUGCUUAAAGAGCAUGUAAAAAUAGUUUCUAUAAUUUAACAUUAAUUGCAGCGUGCCUAUUCCAAAUACGGAUUUUUGCCAACACAUGUUGGUUUUUGUUGAUACUUACUUAUUUUUUGGCAUAGAGAUGAAUUUGCGAUUCGUGAUUUCACGGAUUCAGAAGAUUUACUGUUUUCUAUUGAAUAAUUUAUUCCAGUUAUACAUUCUAGUUACACAAUGCCUUAUUAUUAUGAUGAUUAUGGUUAAACUAAACCUUACAGUACAGAAUGCUGACUGUGUAAGAAUUUAUUUGGUCUCCUGUUUGAAUACAGCCUUAAAAGCAAUAGUCUGUAGCUUUUAUUUUCGCAUUGCUGUCUUCCCAUCUUUGAAGAACUGACUCAUGUUGAGAUAUGGUUCCACAAAUACCUGGAACUUCAUGUAUAGCUAUACCAAAAAGCCUUUCUGGUUGUUUAGUAUUUCCAACAAUGGUCAUUAGCUAACAAUCGAAAGUGGGAAAAAUGUCUGAUUUCCUGUCCAACCCGGGUGAGAUGAAGCCAACUUUAAUGCUUCAGAUGUUGUCUGGAUUUGAAAUUGUCCAGUUUUGUGAGAUUGGUGAUUGAGUUUCGGAAUUCACUGACCUGUGUAUCUUCUGAUCUGAGGUAAGGCUGUAAUAUAAAAGGAUUCAGAUGAUGAAGAACUUGUAACUUCCUGGAAAGCACUUGUGGGCAAAUAGUUGCUGUCUCCACUGGUGUAUGUACAUUAAAUAUUUAUCCUUUUAUAAAUGCAUAGCUUCUGUGAAAUGUAUAACAAUCUUACUUUCUCAGAAUUUGAGUGAAACAGCUGGAAAUAUUACUGUUCGUCAGUUUUAUUUUUCAUAUUUGACCUGGCCUUAUCCAACAUUUUCAUGCUCAGCAUUUAUCACUGUCUGGGGAAAUCAUGAUUUAUCUCAGCUAUUUUUUUGUUUCCACUUUGGUAGCUUGAGACCACGUAGACAAAAUUUGUAAUUCUCUCUGCUAUCCUGUUUUAGUGGAUAACUGAACACACAAUACUGAAAAUGUGAAACACUGUUCUGUAUGUUUUGCUGUUAUUAUCACAUUGUGCAUUAAACCCACAGGGGAAUCAAUAGUUGGGAAUAAAUAGCAUUGUAGUCAGUAACACAUCAUUCAAUAUUUCAAAACCACUGCAUUUUUAAAGGGUCAAUUACAGCAGUCAUUGCUGACGUAUUUUAAAUAUCUUCUUGGAAUGACUUUUGUUUUCUUUCAUCGGGUAACAUGUUUUCAAUUUUUUUGGACCAGGACACAGACUUGUAUGUUAUUUAAUCCAUUGGUAAAUGGAUGAUGAAUAAAAUUACAACAGAAACCAUCUGUUUUGAAAAGUUAAA